AUAUAAUAUCGGAAUAUUUCUUUUUCCUCAGAGAAGUCUCUUUCUUUUCUUGUAACUAGGGUUAAUUCAAAGUAUUCUUGUGACCCCCCCCCCCCUAAUCAUCUCUCAACAUGGAGGAUGGAGAACCUUCGUCGACCAGUACUUGCUUGCCGCUCACGGCACAAAAACCCCAACAAAACCCUAAAACCACAAAAGGUCGACAGAAGAUAGAGAUCAAACCGAUCAACGAGGAGAGCCGGAGGCAAGUAACGUUUUCGAAACGCAGAAAGGGUCUGUUCAAAAAAGCGGCAGAGCUAAGCGUCCUAUGCGGCGCGCAGAUCGGUAUCAUAACGUUUUCCCGCCGCGGUAGAAUCUUCACGUUCGGUAACGUGGACACACUCGUCGAGAACUACCUGCGCAAGGCGCCCGUGACGCUUAGGUCGCAUCCCGGUGGUGGUGACGAAGGAGAGGAUAAGUGGUGGGAGAAGGCGGUGGAGAGUGUCCCGGAGGAGGAGAUGGAGGAGUACAUGACGGCGCUGAGUGGGUUGAGGGAUAAUCUGUGGACGAGGAUCUGUCAGAUGGGUGGUGAUCAUCGGACGGUUCAGAUGGAUGCUCCGGUGUUUCAGAAUCCGACGGCUGCGAUUGAAUGGAAAGUGACGGAUGAGAAUCUGACGGUUGGAAACGAUCAAAGCCAAGCAGGUAACGGUGGAUAUCUAGACAUUCAUCCGGAGCUUCCGUUUCUGUCUCAAAGCCGUCGGUAAUGAAGUGUUUUAUGUAUUACAUUUCGGUUUUAUAAUAUUUAUAUAUUGUAUGUUUAUCUAAAUUAUUUACCUCUGUUUAACUCAGUUAACUCAUGUUUUCACGUUUGAUA